AGCCAUUCGCAAUGACUUCUUUCAGAGCUACCUCUACCUGCUGGAAAAAAUUCCCCUGGGAAUAUAGGGAUCCCGGAUGCUCCAGUCUCCAUCAGCCAGAUAACACUCUUCACCAAGUAAAAUUGUAUGCUUUAACAAGCCAAGUCAUUGAUGGUGAGAUGCAGUUCUAUGCCAGAGCCAAACUUUUCUACCAAGAAGUACCAGCCACAGAAGAAGGCAUGAUGGGAAAUUUUAUUGAAUUAUCCAACCCAGAUAUCCAAGCCUCUCGUGAAUUUCUUAGGAAAUUUGUUGGGGGGCCAGGGAGAGCGGGAACUGGCUGCGCCUUGGACUGCGGUUCUGGAAUAGGAAGGGUCAGCAAGCACGUCUUGUUGCCUGUUUUCAGCAGUGUUGAAUUGGUGGACAUGAUGGAAUCCUUCCUCCUUGAAGCCCAGAGCUACUUGCAGGUUAACGAGGACAAAGUUGAAAGUUACCACUGCUACAGCCUGCAGGAGUUCACGCCCCACUUAGGGAGAUAUGAUGUCAUCUGGAUUCAGUGGGUCUCAGGGUACCUGACUGAUAAGGACCUUCUUGCAUUUCUUUCCCGGUGUCGAGAUGGCCUGAAAGAAAAUGGUGUUAUCAUACUGAAGGACAAUGUGGCACGGGAGGGCUGUAUCUUCGACCUGUCUGACAGCAGUGUGACUCGGGACAUGGACAUCCUUCGAAGCCUUAUUAGGAAGAGUGGACUGGUGGUUCUGGGCCAGGAGAAACAAGAGGGUUUCCCAGAGCAGUGUGUUCCGGUGUGGAUGUUUGCACUGCACAGUGACAGGCACUCUUGAUCAGCAGUGGGAAUGAGCCACCAGACUGAACGAUGGUGCUUCGGAAUUGGGCGUAUCUCCCAGGCACCCUGUGUGAUGGAGACAGAUAUGGAAAGAAGGGAUACAAUGCAUGUCUAGAAUGAUUGAUGACGUAGUAUGUACGAGCUCUUGCUACCAUAAUGCACACACUGUGAUGUGUGCACAUUUAGAUGCAUACUCCCUGUAACGAGACGUUCACAAAUGCUGUGGAUUUUUUCUGAGAGAUGGAGUCAAACAACAGGAUGGUGCUUCAAUAAGGUGCAUGUUUACACACGCCUUCACUGCACAAGUGUGUAUAUGAAGACCUGAGAAAGAAAUGAUGCUUACAAAUAAGAGUCUGCGUUAGUCACUGACGAUUUGUGUUUACAAUCUAUCACAGAACAGAGUGGAAAGUCUAGACCACUCUUUCUGUUCCUCUAUCAGCUAUGUUACACUCUUUUCCUCUUUGCUGUUACAGUGUCUCUUGAAGAAACAUCUUGACCUAACUAAGAAGGGACUGGUCAAAUAACCCCAUGAAUACAAGUCUAUUAAUUUUGUCUUUAGCUCGUUUUUUGGCAGAAAAGGUAUAUGGUUUCUCUUUCUAUUUUGGGUCAGUUUUACUACCAAUGAUGUAAUAUGGAUGUAAUUUGAUAACUAAUGCUUGCAUUACCAUGAUGUGGAAGUGUCUCCUUUCAGGAGAAAAUGUUACACACUCAAGUUUCACCCCGACCAUAUAAGUAAAUGUUGUCAAUGAUCUAAUUUUAGCCACUGGCUUUCAACAGUGCCUGCUUCUUUGCAUCUGGUCCUCAUUCCUUGAAUGAAAUGGAUGUACCUUGAGAGAGAAACAUCAAAAGAAACAGGCAAAUGAAAUGAUGCAUACAGACUGACUUAGCUGGGUUCACAAAAGGCAUUGGUUUAAAUAAAAUAAUCUAAAAUCUUUCAAAAGGAAAAAAUGAAAUUCAGUUUUCAUUAGCAUAAUGUUUAAAUAUGACUAUUUUGUCUUUAAAACACUUCAGCACCUUUAUGUUAAAGCACAGUGAUAUGUCUUGACCCCGAAAUUCAAUUUAAACUAAGAAGAUCUACUGCAUAGCUAUGAUAACAGCACAGAAAACAUAUUUCUUAAGUCAUAGCUCUAGAGGAAUAGAAAAUUGUUACAGAAUAUGACAAAACUAAU